AAAUUAUCGUACGUAACAUAAGAUCAACGCCAUCAUGUUUCACGGACACGUGACGUAUACUUGUUGAAGGCCUCUGGGUAAAUUCUUGGCACUUUGUUACAGAAAGAAAGGCUAUCAUAUCAAGUUUGGUGUUAGAAGGCAGGCUACUUCUUGCACAAAUCUUUAACUUUCUCGUCCAUAAGCCACGACAACGCAGAACCGAAGUGUGAACACAAAAGCCUGAAUUUCUGGAGCACUUUUUGGGUUUGUUUACAACAAGCGUCGGCCAUUUUCCAAGAAUCCACGUACGUACGUCAGAACUUUAUUAUAAACUCAAAAUAUCCACACUUCCUCUUUUCCAAAACUAAAUUAUUCGACAUGGAAAUACUUAUCUGAGGUAGCAUUUCCGUGGUUUGUUAAUCUUAUUCGUCUGCUAACGAGUUACUCAAGACCUCAAGAAACUCUGUGGAAGCUAAAUUUUGUCAUACGAAAGUUGUGGACCAAGCUUGGGGCCUUCGUUUUACUUUGAUUUUAUUAAAGAUYAUGAACUUUUCUUCUCUAUCACUUAUUGAUAGAGGGGCUUGCUCUUGGCGGAAAUAAAGGCUUCUAAAUGGCCACAACAACGACUCAGCUCCGUAGAGACAAUCGUGUGACGGCGAGAAAAGAUUAUGAUUAUGAAAAUGUCAGUCCGAAGUCUGAACGAAGGUCGAACUUGAACGUAGAAGUCAAAGGAAAAAAGACUACUGUCCCUACUGUACGUUCACACAAGGAUGAACAUUCGGUCAAGUUCCCAUACUCUAAGUUUGCUGUCACUCCAAAAACGCUUCUUCAUUCCAACGCGAACUCAGCUAUUCCAAAAAGUAUAAAUUCAACGAUAACAUCAAAUGAAGAGGAACUUGGGAAAAAGCCUGUCAAAACUGUUGUUAACCGAAAGAAUUCCGAGCAGGAAUCGAAUAGAUUGAGUGUCAGCAAACUUAAAAACAUUUUUGAUUCGCUGGCACCUAAUGAAUUAAGCUCCUCCAAGCCACCUCUAAAGCCAAGGCCAAAGUCAGACGCUAUCGUGAAUAAGGACCAGGAUAAAGACCAAGCGCAUGGACCGAUAAUAAACCGAUGGUCAGUGCCUAGGUAUGUCAAGAAGGCUUCAUCUUCUGAAAGUAGUCAGAAUUAUAAAAUCUACGUGACCGAGGGAAUCGCAGCGAAAAGAGCCAGGUUUGAAUCCCACUCGAAUGAAAAUCUUCCCUGUGUCUUAAAGAAGGGAUUGUCUCCUAAAUUGUCUGAUUUGGUUCCAGAAUUAACCGAGGGAACUCGAUCUAGGACACGAUCCGACCCUGGUCUCAAACCUAGACGACGCGGAGAAUAUAAACAGAGGAGUCUUUCAGAUGUAGGGCAAACAAAUGGGGAAAUACAAUUUUUUGAGAAGAGAAGAUCUUUUGAUGAUUCGGCCAUUGGUAAGCCAAGAUCGCUAAAUCGCCUGUCAAAAUCCAGUAGUGUGGAGAUUUUGGAUGUCAGCGAAAGCAUUAGAGAAAGUCCAAUGAUUACUGAAGAACCACAACAAAGCAAAGUAUUUGAUUCAGUCGAAUGUGCAGCACCUAUAGCACUUGAUGAUUAUCAUGUCAAAAAUGGUGAGACUGUAGAUGAUAUAACAGAGGGUGGUAAGGAAUCCAGGAUUGAUUCAGGGAUUUCUUCAUCGAUGGAAAGUAGUGAAGGAAAUUCUGAGGAACUACAAAAGGAAGAACUUGAAGAAGGACAUAUUCUGCAUGAAAGGAAACAUGUUGAGGCACAUGAGAAGAAAGAUGAUGACCCCAGAAAGCACAGUCAUAAGCAGUUUAUAAAUGACUCUCUGGUGUAUGGCAGAGCAGGGGAAGUACGAGAAGCAAACUGGAUUGAUGAGGAAGUACCGCCAGACAAACCCAACGAUCCAACACCAGUGUAUGUAGCUCCACAUAUGAAAAAGGAAAAAAGUAAUACAGAGGUUGAUCGGGAUUAUGGCAGUAAUACAAAGGAAAAGGUUGCGCAUGCAACUCUUGAUGAUGGUGCAGCAUCAUCUGAUGAGGAGAGCAAUGGCAGUGUCAUUGAGCACAGCUCCCCAGAAGCUGAUUCCCAAGAUAUAUCACCAAUUUCUUUCCUCUAUGAAAAUAAGCCUCUGGUCUCUGCUUUAAACAAGAAAGACAAAUCUAAAUCUAGAAGCAUAAAGUUUGAUGAUACUGAACCAGCCAAAUAUUUUACCUAUAGUGCAGAGGAAUAUGAUAGAGCGAAUGAUGAUAUUGAUCCAGUUACGGCAUCAGCAGAAUGGGAACUGGAAAAGAGGGUAGAGAAGAUGGAUGUAUUUUCAGUGGAUUUACAAAAAGAUGAAAAGGGGCUUGGAUUAAGUAUUAUAGGAUUAGGGGUCGGCACAGACACUGGUGUUGAGAAACUGGGGAUCUUCGUCAAAUCGCUAACAGGAGGAGGCGCAGCAGAAAAAGAUUCAAGAAUCCAUGUUAAUGAUCAGAUCAUUGAGGUGGAUGGUGUGUCAUUGGUUGGUGUCACACAGAUGUUUGCUGCACAAACCCUUAAAAACACAAGUGGAGUUGUAAGGUUUCUCAUGGGACGUGAAAAGGGCAAAGUCCAUGCUCCACUCAAAGCUGUCAAUGCUAAUACUCAAGAGAAUAUUAAAGAAAUUGAAGAAAUGAAAACCAAACUUGCCAAGACAGAAAUUCGAGCCGAUAGAGCAGAAGCCAAAUUGAAGAAAACAGAGGCUAAGUUACAAGCAAUGAACUCACAGGCAACUAAUGCAAGCCAAAGCCACAGAGUCCAUAGAUAACUCUUUAGUCCAGGCUCUUCAAAACAGGAUACAAGAGUUGGAAAAGGAACUCAAACUGAAAUCGAAAACAUCAAUGAAACACCAACCCCUUACUAACGGCAACGUCAGCUUACCACAAGAACGAUAUUUCUCAUUAGAAGCAGAUAAAUUUGAACGAUUAGCUGCAGCCAAGACAUCAGAAGGGUUUCAAUUGGAUCUGGAUAUCAUUCCUGCUACAGAACCCCUCAGCAGUAACUACAACCUCGAUAAAAAGCGACUUGCAGAAGCACAAAAUAAAGCACACGAGCCAACAAGAGCUAGCUGGGUCUGCUCUAAUGAAGAGAUAGAUAUCUUUAAGAGUCAGGAUGAUGAUGAUGAUGACGAGGAAGACGAAGAUGACACUGAUGCAAGAGGACGACAAACCACUAGUCCUUCCAGGCAGCUAGGUCCAGGAUUCGCUCUUCCUGGUUUCCCACUGGGAGGUUUUCAGCUCAAAAAGACGGGAAAGAAUCUCGUGGACGAAUCGUUGAGUGAAACCAGCCCAUCUCAAGCACAAGAGCUAAGGAGCAGCUAUCCUUUAGCGAUGAAAGAUCGCUCCCAGAAUUUGGUGGUAGAAAAUUUACUGGAGAAGCAGCUAUCAAAAACCAACGCCAAAGUGACGUCAUUACCCAGUGCUCUGGACCAAGAAGUAGGACGGCCGAAAAAUGGAAAAAACAACUCUGAUGAGUGUUUCUCGGGAUCGGCGAACUCUCUUGAAGAGAUUGAAGAAGCUGCUAGAAGGAUUGACUCGGACUUGGCUUCUUCACAAGCUUCAUCACGUGGCUCAUCCCCAUUCCUUCCACCAGCGAUGCCUUUACUCAAAAUGAAGACAGUACCAGUAUCUGAUAUGACGUACAGUGAAUCGGCUGUUGAUGUCCCCCCGGAAAUAUCAACAGACUCUGAUUCAGAAAAUGCUGACAAGAUUGGAGACAGUCCUGAAGAACUGCUCUCAUUCAGCCCUUCACCAGAUAGUCCAUAUAUUGGUAGAGGAUCAUCUCGUUUAUCGAACACGUGGUUGUCCCGCCCUGUGCAAGAGUGGGAUGUGUACCAGGUUGGUAUGUGGUUAACGGGCUUGGAACUCGAAGAGUAUGUCAUCGAGUUUGCUAACAAAGAAAUUGAUGGAAAACAGCUUCUUAAUCUAGAUAACUCAAAAAUGAAGACUAUGGGCAUCAACCAGAACGCUCGAACUCUUCUCAAAAAGCGGAUAAAAGAACUGAAGGCUCAAACGGGGAAAGAGGGAAAAGCAAGGAAACAGAAAGAAAAGGAACUGAAAUCAGGGAAAAAAGACAGCACACCAACAAGCCUACAGGAUAAGUUCGAGAAGCUUGGCUUCAUAAAGAAAGGAAAGUACACAGUAAAUAGUCCUUGAAGGAGAUAAAUGAGUUAUAAUAAGAGCAGAUUUAAUGUGAUGGGGAAAGUACAGAACAUACAUGUCACGUGAUGUGCUUGUGCAUUCUGAUUGGAUAGUGUCGUACUGUGCCAUAUAGUGUACAUAGUGUAUUGCUAUGCUGUGCUAUGUAAUGCUGCGUUGUGCUGUCACCUCCAUGUGUCGAAUUGUCUUCAAGUGUUAUACUCGAAUAUUACGUAUUUUCCUGCAUUUUGAUUUAUCCUGGCAAUCUCCAUUUGAAUGCAAUACAAAAACCCAAACCAAUGCAACUGUCAUUCCCCACUCACAAGAAAUCUGCUCGUAGUUCCAACUAAACUUUUUCAUUUUUCUAUUGCAUCUAGAUUUUCCUUCUCUAGUUAGUAAUUGUAUCUUUUAUAGCCGGAAAUCCAAGGUUUCUACACCUUGUAUUACUAAAUAUCUUCUUGUAAAUUGUAUUGGCUCUCAAUUUAAUGAAUACUCUUCGAUACGCCAUUUUCCAAAUCUACGUAAAAAAACGCCGAGAUAAAAAAAAAGGAGAUAAAAAAACGUGUUUUUCUUGUGCCUAAAUGCUCAAUUUUUACUCGUUUUAUGCGUUCGUUUAAAUUCCGAUACUUCGUUAUGUUGUUCGUGCGUGAUUUGAAUUUUUUUAUGUUGUACUGAUACUUUCGUGUUUGUUGUGCUCUAGUGCUCAACAUUGAUUUCUUUUACUCUGUAAUAUCAUUUUGUGCUUUUAUCAGUCAACUCCUAUUUUUUUUGAUCGUUCUUUGCAUUUCAUUUCGACUACCUAUCGUUUUCAUCGUUCAAACCUAGUCAGCCUUAUCCUUGUUUGUUGAUUGGUGUAUUUUGGUAAUUGCUCAAGCCAUAUUUUCUUUUACUUUUAUAUCCGUAAUACACGUAGUCUUUCAUAAUUUUUAAAAGUAUUUGCCAUUGUCUUGAAGAAAUUUUAAUUGCGCUAUAGAAUAUGGAUAGAUCUGAUGUUAGAGCAGCGAAGGUGUGCUGUUACAGUACAUCAUGUACAUAUUAUAGUUUUUAUUGUAAUGAACGCUUGGGCUUCGUUGACUUGAAGAUAGGACUUUUAGGCCCGUUUUACUCCUUCGACGCAAGUAGAGGCAUACGCAUAGACGUGCAACAAAAACUUUAUUUUUUCUCUACCUUAAAAGAACAAGUUAAAAUUCGUACCGUAACAAUAAAAGUCGGCCUGCGUCUGCUUAUGCCAUUUUGGUUUUGGUUGCGUCGGUUGUGAAAACUGCAUAGCAUCUGUCAAUCAUCGUUUUAUGCCACUAGAGGAUUCGUCGGAGGCUGCUAUCGACAAUUCCUGGUAGCCCGGCAUGUUUGUCAUGCGUACGCCUUUUCUGAAUUCGAUAAACGAGACUUAUCCUGGUCAAGCGUGGGCACAAACUCCAUUGCCGGGUUUCGUAUUGAGUGGGAGGACUGGGGAGACUGGACUACCGCUGGCCGUACUGGAUGAAAUAAACUUUUUGAACAUGUGUAGUUGUAUGAUACCAUUGAGCUCGAGAAAUACAGCCCGAUCUGCCGAAUGAACAAAAAUAACUGGGAAAUAGAGAUGUUUAUGACAUCUUUUUCACGAUUGUCCAGUUUCGAUCCAGUCCUCCCACGAUAUGUAACUCGGCAGCGAAGCCAGACCAAGAUACCAUGUUCUGCGCAAGUCCAGCGGUUGCUAGUUACUAAGCAACAGCUAUAAACCUAGAGAACCGUAAAACAAUUGUCGGUCCCAGCGUCCUUUCUUCAUGUUAACGGAGUUUUAAGCAUAAUUUCUAUUAAUAAGUAGUAAUCACAUAAUAGAUUUAAAGGGGGUCCAAUAUGGGAAUUGUUUGGGGUUUGACCGAGAUAAAUAAUUGGGAAAGGUUGGUAAUUGUUACCACAGGAAACCCAAUUGAGCGUCUGUUAACGGGGUAUGCAUUGACUUUCAUUGUAAGUAUAAGAAUUAUUACGAUCAAUUAUUAGAAAUGGAUAAGUGAUUUACUUAUAACCACAGGUAACCCACUCAUGCCCUACUAGUCAAAAAGACCUGUGAAAAAAAACUUUUUUUACGUAGGAAUCGGGUAGCUUUUUUCUUCCUUCAUACUUUUAAGUCAAAAAUAAUCAUAAAAAUAUAUCUGUGGGACAGAUCAAUAAUUUAUAAUUCAAAAUUCAGAUUUCCUGUCAAUUUGAAUUAAGGCAAAUUAUAAAAAUACGAGUGUGGUAUUUUCCAGUAAAACACUAAUGUCUGUGUCUAUAUAAUACAUAUUAAUAAGAACCGUAUUAGAAAAGUUGAAAAUAUCAAAGUACUACUUUCUGGUUGAAUUUUCAUGUUUUUCAGUUCGAUUCUUUCAUUCUCAUCUCACCUAAAACGUUUUUUUAUAUUACAGUCAAUAGACCUUAUAGGCAAAGCCUUUGUACCCAUCCCAACACUGUGGCUCAUGCGUGAGAAAGGUCUGUUGAGGAAUAGACCCCUUGCACUAAAUCCCUACCUGGGGCUCAAAACAAUUGAAAACAUUAACAUCAUAAAAUAUUUUAAUCCUCAAGUGAAGGGAUUUCUUUUGUUUUGACCACCAGAGUGUUUCUUCGAAUUGGAUUACUGGGUUGCCUGUGAUGAAAUGAUUACAGUUGGUUCAGGAUUGGGCUUCCUGUUUUAUGCACAUAGGAUGAAUAUUGAAAUAUAAAUAAGACUGGUACCGACUACGUGAUGCAAAGGAUUGUAGGCCUUCAUUUGGGAAAUUGAGAUGGUGAAUCUAUUUGAUCUUUUUCCAAAUUUGUUCCCACAAUCCUUUGCGGUACUAGUCCUCAUGUCUUCAUUUGAAGAGGAAUAUAUCACGUGAUCAAAUUUAGGCCUCUCGGCUUCGUUGCCAUGACUCCAUAAUGCCGGCGUAUAAUUCUUUACCAUGUAAAUCGUAAGCCCAGAAGUAGCUUUAUACUGGCUAAGUUUAGGAAAAACCUCGGGGUGCUCCUUCAAAUCAAACUAACGGUUGCCAUGAUAACGUCAAUACUACGAGUACCGGAAUUCUUUUCGUUUGUCUGUUAAUCUUAAAAAUCUUGUUACUCUUAACAAAGAUGAAGUUUUCGAAUUCAUUAAAAUAAGACGGGGUAACAAUAGCUAAAAGACUUUGGCAACAAGAAAGUGAUGCGUAACUUCGUAAGGAAUUCUGGUAGUGAUAGUGGCAUUACGUCAUCAUGACGCAUAAUCAAAUUGUUACACAAUCUCAUUGAUUUUUACGUAAAUAGUCCAAAAGUGAGUGUUUCAUCCAGUCCAAAAGACGAAAACAUGGGUUAUAAAGCGUGUUGCAGGCGGAGUUUGUGAAUAAAGGAUGGAUAAAAGAUUUUUAUAAUUGCAAAUUAUUAUAAUCAUACCAAUAAGCCUAAUAAAUAAAUAAUAAUAAACCAGGUUUUAAAUUAGCUGUCAAGCAAGUAAUUGUGGAUAACGCCAAUCAUUAAAUCAUAUUUUUGUAAAAAGCAUUUUCGUCUUAGAUUAACAUUUUCUUAUACUAACUCGUAUAUUUUUUUGAAUCAAUAAGUGACAUUUUUGUUCAACAAAUGUGUUGCGAGCAUAACUUUUCCUGGGCAUAACGCUUUCCCACUUGUCACACUAGACCACAUGUCAUUUUCUUGAUAAUGAAGAUUCUUUAUUUGAGUUGUAUCCAUAUUCAUGCGCAACUGUUAAACAAAGAAAUGAUACUCAUGGGAAUGACACGUCAUCUGAAAUGGGGAACUAUUAUGACCAUGCUAAAUAGGUCUCCGUCUCUUAAGGCCAGAAAACGAUAAUGAAACUAUGUGACAUACAUAUUAUACAAAGGUAGUUAAAUUACAUAAUAAAGAUUUAUAUGAAUGCAAUAAUGUUGUUAUAAAAAAUCAAUAAAAAUUGAUCUUAAUCUGA